CAAAUAAAUCAAACGACUGCAAAUUACGGUUCACGGUGAACUUGAACUACUUCACCCUAGCCAUUACCUUAUUCUCAGCCAAACAACACCUCUCUGCUCCACCAACAUCAACCAACAGCCAUGAUCAAUCGCGCUUAGCAAAUAGAUUUUGCACCAAACACCACCAUCUUCUCAAAAACCCUAAUUACUCAUCUAUUCGCUCCGUUUCGAUUGGGGCAUUUUCACCUUCAAAUUUCACCAAUCAUCGGAAAAUUCAAUGGAUUCGGAUGAAGAAGAUUUUGUUUUCUUCGGAACGCCGAUUGAGCGCGAGGAAGAUUCAAUCAGCCGUAAAAAGAAAGCCAUUGCUGAAUCCUCCGGUCAACUCCGAACACUCCCUGCUUGGAAGCAAGAGGUUAGAGAUGAUGAAGGGAGGAGAAGAUUCCACGGCGCAUUUACAGGCGGUUAUUCUGCUGGUUACUAUAAUACAGUGGGUUCAAAGGAAGGUAUAAGUUUAUGUUGGAAUUAUAAUGCUCCUGUUAUGGAUUUGAUUAUCAAUCGGCAUGCGGUGAGUGUUAACUUUAAAAAUGAAUGUGUAGGAUGGGCACCGCAAACUUUUGUAUCGUCCAGGAAGAGCAGAGCUGAAUUCAAAGAGCAGAACAUAUUGAAUUUUCUAGAUGACGAUGAGAAAGCUGAUCUGGAAGGUCGGUUUUUGGGGACAUCUUCACAGUUUGACACAUUUGGUUCCACAGCUGCUGAAAUUGCUCGCAAACAAGCUGAGAAGGAACAAAAACAGAGGCCAUCCAUAAUUCCUGGACCUGCUCCCGACGAAUUAGUUAUUCCAGCCACAGAGUCUGUAGGGGUAAAACUGCUGUUGAAAAUGGGAUGGAGUCGUGGUCGCUCAAUUAAGGAUUCACAUACCGAUGCACUCUACGAUGCUAGAAGACAGGCUCGGAGAGCUUUCAUAGCAUUUUCUACAGAUGAUACAAAAGUGAAGGUUACUGAGUCUGAGCGUACCAAGGAUGAUAUUCAAAACUUCCCUGAGCAGUCUGUGAAUGAUGAUGCUCAGUCUUCUAAGAUCACACCGGUUUACGUACUCAACUCAAAGCAAGACCUGUAUGGAUUAGGUUUUGAUCCUUACAAGCAUGCUCCUGAGUUUAGAGAGAUGAAAAGGUCACGCCUAUCCAGCAAAACGGGACCUGGGCACAGCAAAAACUUUUCCACAAGAGACAGUCUUUUUGGUUUAAAGUCAGGAAAGGCUGCUCCUGGUUUUGGCAUUGGUGCACUUGAGGAACUUGGUGCUGAAGAUGAGGAUGUCUAUGCCACCGGUUAUGAAUUUGAAGAGACUUAUGUUCAAGAAGAGGGUGAGGAGCCUUCAGUGUUGACCUUAGAAAAUCCGAAAAAGAAAGAUCAGAAGGAGCAUGGUAAUCUGCCUGGUUUUAAAGUGACAUCCAAUUCCGACUAUAAAAUGGAAAGAUUUGAGGCUCCUCUGAUUCCUAAGGAUUUUGUGCCCCACCAUGCAUUUUCUGGACCUCGUGAGAUUAACCGCCAGAACUAUGAGGUCCCUCCACCAGAUGUUCCUCCUCCUGAGGAUAGCAAUUUAAAACUAUUAAUUGAGGGGGUUGCAAAUCUGGUGGCUAAAUGUGGUAAAUUAUAUGAGGAUCUAUCUAGAGAAAAAAACCGGUCAAAUCAAUUGUUUAACUUCCUUUCUGGAGGAACUGGCCACGAUUAUUAUGCAAGGAAACUGUGGGAGGCACAACAGAAAUGCAAUGACCAAACUAGGGUGCAGUUGGAUGGAAAAAUGCCUCCUGGUGUGCAAAGGCUGACAGCUGAGAGUCGAGGUCAGAUCUUAGGGGAAAAACCUCUGGAGAAAACCUUUGAAGAUGCAUCCUCAUCUGUUUCUUCUAAAGAUAUUCAGCUCCAAUAUAAUCUUGUAGAUACAUUUACCAAGUCUGAAUCAUUUAGUGAGUUAUCAGAAUUUGAAAAGCCUUUCAAGGAUGAUCCUGCAAAGCAAGAAAGGUUUGAGCAGUUUAUCAAGGCGAAGUAUAAAGGUGGAUUACGCUCUGGAAGUUCGAGUUUAGCUGGAAAUAUGUCAGAAGCUGCUCGUGCUCAAGAGAGACUAUCUUUUGAAGCUGCAGCUGAUGCAAUAGAAAAGCGAAAACAGAGCAGAGGAAGCAAGUUUUCAACUCCAUCUUCCAUGGAUUUCAUCCCAGGUGGUGUAAUGGAGUUUACAUCUGGUACAGUAGAGCCAACAAAAGACCAGCCAGUUGUAGAUUUUAAGGAGAAGAAAUUGUGCCCAAAGAGAGAAGAGUUUCAAUGGCGUCCUUCACCUCUUCUCUGCAAACGCUUUGAUCUUGUUGAUCCUUAUAUGGGGAAGCCUGCACCUGCUCCACGGAUUAGGAGUAAGAUGGAUACAUUGAUUUUUACUUCAGAUUCAGUGAAGGGUACUAAAGUUGAAGAGCCUGUUACUGCAAAGAAAGACAUCUCAGUCUUGCAACAACCUGCUAAUAAAGACAUAACUAAAAGUAUUGCUGAAAAUGGAACUGAAGAGGAAGUGGAAGUUGAAAAUAUUGAAAGGCCGGUUGACCUAUACAAGGCAAUUUUCUCUGAUGAUUCAGAUGAUGAAGUGGAAGACAAUAAUAUUAUGAAAGUGGAGAAUCAAGAAAAAAAAGCUGAAGUAGCUAACAAUACAUUGAGCCGUUUGAGGGCUGGUGACUUUCUGAAAUCUUUGGGAAAGGAACUAGGGAUUGAGGUUCCUCCUGAUACACCUUACCCUACGCAAAAGUCAGGCAAAGAUGCUCCCCAGAGAGAAACUGUUGAUGAAUAUGCAAAACCUGACAUCAUGAAUGGUGAAAACAACAUGGUGUCAUUGAAACAUGAUUUGCCACAGGAUCAGGGUGGACCCUCAAAAGAUGACACCGGUUAUGGGCAUAUGCUUGAUAAUCGUAACAUUAAAACCAAGGGAACUAGUAUCUCUGAUGGUAAAUCAAAAUCAAGUAAGUCUAAUGGGGAGAAGUAUGAAGAUGAUAGGAAAGUUAAAUCACCUUUAGUCAGCAACCAAAACCAUCGCAGCAGCUCAGAGGAGGACAGGAGCAGAAAGCGCUCUAUUAAGUUAGAUAGGGAAAAAUAUGACAGGUACAAGAAAACUAAAACACCAUCAACACACCGCCUAGAUUAUAGAAGUAGUUCUUCAUCGGAAGAGGAUAGGAGCAGAAAACGCUCCAGGCAUCAUCGACAUAGGAGGCACGAUGUAGAAAGUGAUUCUUCCAGUGACGAUGAAAGAGAUCGACGCAGUUCAAGGUCAAAAGGGAGACGGGAAAAGUCUUCUCGAGAAAAAAGCAAUGGAAGUAAAAAACACUCAAAACAUCACAAGCACGGAAAGCAUGAAUCUCCAAGUAGAUCCUCUCAUUAUAGGGUGGAUAAGGAAGAUUCGUAUUCCAGAAAAGAGAAAAGACGGAGGGAAUGAGCAAGGUACCUGUUUCCUUUCUUCUCAAUAACGUUUUUGAGUUUCGUUGGAGGAUAGUUUCUAUAUUGAAAAAUGUUGUGUGUUUUGAGGUUGUGAUGCCAAGGUGCAGCUUAUGCAUUUCAUUUAUUCUCUGCUAAACUAAAGCCUCCUAUUGUAAUGAGUUUCAUGAUUCAUGGCUUUGAAGGAAUGCCGCUUAAUCCUUUCAUAAUCAGGGAGAUCUAUGCACACAAAAAUUAGGGGUUUGAUAUAGAA